CUGGUUGACAGCAUUCCACUCGUCGAGAAGCAAGCAUGGCGACGCGCAAAGACAACUUCAAGAAGGGCAUCGACGUCGAGGACCAGCGCAAGAAGCGCGAGGACACAACGAUCCAGAUCCGCAAGGUCAAGCGCGAAGAGCAGCUCCAGCAGCGCCGACGUCUGGCCGCGGAAUCCGCGGGCGUGCCCAUGACGAUGGGUAUGGCUGACCCGUCACUUCUCGAAAAGCUUGCCGAGUUGCCGCAGAUGUGCAUGAACCUGCAGAGCCCCGACUCGGAGGUCCAGCUCGCGUCUGUGAGCAAGUUUCGCAAGCUCCUUUCGAUUGAGAAGAACCCUCCGAUUGAAGAAGUCAUCAAGCUUGGGGUCGUGCCAGUCUUCGUCGAACUCUUGAAGCGCGAGGACUACCCGAGUUUGCAGUUCGAGGCAGCUUGGGCGCUCACAAACAUCGCCUCUGGUACGUCAGACCACACCCGUACGGUCAUUAGCAGCGGCGCCGUGCCCAUCUUCUGUCAACUGCUUCUCUCGCCGAACGACGACGUGCGCGAGCAGGCUGUUUGGGCGCUCGGCAACAUUGCUGGCGACUCUGCUCAGUGCCGCGACAUCGUUCUGAGCUGCAACGCACUGCGGCCACUCAUGCAGCAGCUAACGUCGAACUCAAAGACCACGAUGCUGCGCAACGCGACGUGGACGCUCUCCAACUUUUGCCGCGGCAAGCCCAAGCCACGCUUUGACGAUGUACGCCCAGCGUUGCAGACGCUUGCACAGCUCAUCUUGACGCAAGACGACGAAGUUCUCACGGAUGCGUGCUGGGCGCUGAGCUACCUCUCGGAUGGCGAAAACCCGCAAAUCCAGGCGGUCAUCGAGGCAGGCGUCUGUCGCCGUAUUGUUGAGCUGCUCAUGCACCGCUCGCCGUCGGUUCAGACCCCGGCGCUGCGCACGGUUGGUAACAUCGUGACGGGCAACGACAUCCAGACGCAGGUCAUGAUCAACUUAAACGUUUUGCCGUGCCUGCGCGCGCUGCUCGAGUCGCCAAAGAAGGGCAUUCGCAAGGAAGCAUGCUGGACGAUCUCCAACAUUACGGCCGGCAACACCCAGCAGAUCCAGAACAUUAUGGACGCUGAUAUCUUCCCCGUGCUCAUUCAGUAUCUUGGCGCCUCGACGGAGUUCGACAUCCGCAAGGAAGCGGCAUGGGCCAUCUCGAACGCAACGUCCGGUGGCAGUUCGCUCCAGAUCAAGCAACUGGUCUUUUUUGGCUGUAUCGGCGCACUCUGCAGUCUUCUCGACUUGCACGACGCCAAGGUCAUUACAGUCGCACUCGAAGGCCUUGAGAACAUUUUGCGCAUUGGUGAAGAGGAAGGCCAAGCCAACCAAACAUUUGUGAACGCGUUCUCCAACCUCGUCGACGAGUGCGAUGGUGUCGAGAAGAUCCAGAUGCUCCAGUACAGCGAGAGUGAAGACAUUUACAACAAGUCGAUGACGAUCAUCGAGCGCUUUUUCCAAGGCGAAGAAGUUGAAAGCGACAUGGCCGCGCCCGCGGUACAGAACGACCAGUUUAUGUUUGGCACAGAUACUUCCAACGCUCCCAUGUUCAACUUCGGUCAGCCGCAGCAAUAGGAUCCCACGGCCAAGGACCUAAAUUUUGCGCCAGUACGACUUAACGAAGACACGUUUCUGCAUA